GGGAAAGCCCAGCAAAGGGGGGGAAAAUCACAGUAUAUACUGUACGUAUUUAUACAUACAGAGAGAGAGAGAGAGAGAGAGAGAGAGAGAGAGAGCGCAAUGGCGGGAGAGAGCUCGAUCAGAGAGGUGCAGAGACUGCUAGAAGCCAUUACAUCUUCAGAUGUUGUUGAGAGCCGUGUACAACUGCUUACAAAACUUGGGGAGUCAGAUGUAUCUGACAAAUCUGAUUUGGCUUCUCUUAGUGCAUCCCUCACAAUGUUCUGGGAAGAUUUUACAUGUUUGGACAUCUCUCAGUGCAUGUUAAACAAAACUAUUUUGCAUGUAGCUGCAAAAAACAUAGAAUCAGACAUAUCAGGAUGCCUGGGGCACUUUCUUUCCCUUGGGAUCAAGGCAAGCAUAUGGUGUGGAAAGCAUUUGAACAUGACACUCAUGUCAAUUGAGGAGUCCGAAGAAGAAGAGCAUUGCAACCUCUUUUUUCAGUUGCUCUUGGAUCUGUUGAGCUACUCUGCUGCUUGUUUUUCAGCUUUGGCAAGAUAUCCUAUUUCAGAUGCCAAGGAGUUGAUGGAUGUCGUUGAGAAAUGCACCUUUGAACAGUUAAAUCUAGCAAAAAUUUCGAUAUCAGAGGUCAAGAGAAUGAACGCAUUUGGUUUAGAAGUACUGAAGGUGGCACAGCUAGUACUUGAGGGUGUCAUACGGCUAUGUAAGGUGUAUUCCGAUUCUGUAAACUUGGAUUUCGUUGAUGCAAGAGCUGAGAAUGGUGGAAACAGCAUGGAUUGUGAAGAGGCUGAUAAAGCGAAUCAUGUUCUCAGUAUAAUAAAAAGCACUGUGAAACUAUUUUGCGAAUUGGGAGUCCUUGCUGCUAAUGAUGGUGGGAGUCUUGUCACGCUGCUGAAUUCGUCAUGGAAAGGUGUGGUUACGUUGCUUCAGCUUGGCAAAGGGGCUUUUGCAACAAAGUUGAAUGUGGCAGAGAUUCUGCAGACACUAGUUUCACUUGCAACUGAGUCUUUGAGAUGUGCGGCUGAAACUUGGUUUUCUUUGCUGACGGAAAAAGUUUCAGUGUCAGAAGCUAAAAGGAUAUUUCUUCCAGUAAAAUUUUAUCUGAUUAAUGCUGUAAGAAUAUCCUCCCAAUAUCCAUGCCAGGCUUUUUCAGCAUACAAGGAGAUAGCACUGUGCGUCUUGAUUAUCUUGACAUUUAGAAUCUUACUGAGUAAAGAAGAACUUCUGAAAACUGCAAGCGAAGUCUUGGUGGAACUUUUGGAGCCAAUAUCUUUCCAUUUACUUAAUUCUUUACUAAACUCCGCGCAACUGAAACAGGACGACAAGUUCCUCAUUCUCGAUUGGUUGUUUAAUGAAAAUGAUUUAAGCUUUGUCGCUGGAAAUAUAAGCAAUGGGAAUAGGACCACUAAAAAGGAUGCAAUGUUCUCCCUAAGUAGCGGCAAUAUGCAUGGGGCAAGAAUGUUACUGCUCGGUCGGGUUUCGUUAUUUGUUAACCUUCUUAAAAGUGCUUCCGAUCUUGAAAAUGAUGUGAGACUGGGGACCGCCAGAAAACUUGGGUGGCUUUUGGAGGUUUUAGUUGAUGAAGAGGUAUAUUCUUCUUGUCUUACCCUACAAAUCCCUACACCAUAUGGUCCUGGUAAAGCCCCAGAAGUGGCUUAUCAGUCUAUGUUCUUUUCUAUUCUACAUGCACUGAAAACCUUCAUGAUUGGUGUCUCUUCAAGUAUAGUUUGGAGCGAAAUGGAGUCGUUUCUGCUCCAAAAUAUCUUCCAUCCUCAUUUCCUUUGUUGGGAAAUUGUAAUGGAACUUUGGUGCUUUCUGGUGCGUCAUGCUGAGGUAGACAUGGUAAAUGAUAUUGUUGAAAAACUUUGCGCAUUAUUGACUUUUGUGGCAUCUUCAGAAUCAGUUCUUGUUCCUUUUAGUGGUCUACGAAAGAUUGCAAGAUCAAUUUGCAUGCUUCUUAUGCAUGUUCCACAGCCUACACUGGAUCAAGUCUACAGUACAAUUGUUGGCAGUACCAGAUCUCAGUUUUCAUCCAUUAUGUUAGUGGCCUUGCUUAUGGAGGGAUUCCCUCUGAAUUUGCUUUCACACAAGAUGAGAAGUGUUGCUACACAGAGGAUCGUAAGAGAGUAUUUUCAGUUCAUGGAAAGCUUUGGUGAUGCAUCAUCGAGAGAGUAUGGUUCUAGUGAGUUUGGGGCACCAGUCUUCGCACUGUCUGCUGCCCUGCAGUCUCUCCAGGUCAGCGUAUCUGACAUUGACAUGAAGACCCUCAGAUUUUUAGUUGCUGUUAUUCAUAGAUACAGAGGGACAGCAGAAAACUCAACGAAACAUCACUACCGCAAGCUUCUGAGCGAAACUUUAGGUAUCAUCUCGAACGUGAAGCAUUUAUACACAUCUGAUGGGAUGGAAGAAGUCAUUUUGGAGCUUCAAAACCUAUUCAUCUCGGGGCCAGCAGUUUCAGACGCUCAAUUAUACCAAUGUAAACCAAAUCUCGCCACUUUCAUGGCCGGCCUUGGUCACACUGAAUUGGCAGAAAAUGAUAAUAGUAGUGGUACAAAGAGUUCAGCUGUGUUGGAGUUGUAUCACGUGCUAUUGGGCGAGCAGCACUGGGCAUUUGUUCAUUUGGCAAUGGAAACAUUCGGGUAUUUUGCUGCGCGUACUUCUUGCAGUCAGCUGUGGAGAUUCAUACCUCAAAAUGCUGCUCUUUCUUUUGAUCUGGAUUUGGGUAACGAGGCAAAUGAGGAGAGGUUUUUGGCUGAGUUGAAAGUAUUUCUGGAGAAGGAAAGAGCUCUUCUAACUAUGACACCUUGCUCUGAUGAGUUUCAGUUGCUUGUAAAGGAAGGUCAGAUUCUAAAACAAACGAUUCAAAAAUAUCAAAACACUGAUCUAGGGGCUGUGGGAUGUGAAAAUAUGGGUAGCGAUGAUGAUAAUCAAGCCAGUAAAAGAAGGAAACUUCCUGAUGGAAUUAUGCAGGGUGUGGAAUUGCUGCAGAGCGGUUUGAAAGUUAUCGGCGGUGGUAUUCCUCAUUUGGAGCAAAAUCAUUUUGAUCGCGCUGAACUUCAUGACAAAUUCUUGACUCACUUCUCGCACCUUGAAGAAGUGAUUGAACAAUUGGUCGGCUUAGCCGGUAGUGUGUAAGCCACUGUUUUCAGCCCCUUGCUGCAGAGCGCUUCAAACUCGGUAAAGAACCGAAAACUGGUAGGAAAUUUUGUAGUGCGCUGAGUAUUACUUGUCAAUGUCGCUAUCUUGGAUGAGUAGUGAUAUUUUACCAACAAAGCUGCAUAUUGCUCUUCUCCAUCGUUGUAAUGCUUGUUUUCAUAUUGCGUCUCAAAGCACACAUAUUGAUCAUAGAGCGAAGUUGGUUCAAAAA